AUGACAACUAAGAAGCAGUGCAACACCACGGGUAACACCCCAACCACCGACAAUCCGCCUGCAAAAUCCUCCCUGAGGAGAUUUUUUACGGAGCAAUCUGAACCGCAGGAGCGGAACAAAAUGGCGCCCGCGACUAACACACGAGGCAGCCAGCCACCCAGCCCAUCAGCAUCAGAGGAAUCAGUUGAGGACACUGACAUCAGAACAAUACUCACACAAUUGCCCUCGAAGAAUGAUCUCAUAGACAUGUUCCAGAGACUGGAGAACACCUUCAGUGAAAAGCUGUAG